GGACGCCGGCGGGGCGGCCGAGGCUUCUGUGAGAAGGCGCUCGAGGCUGCUCGAGGCUGCUGAGGAGAGAGCCCGCAGAGGAGGCGGGGAAGCGGUGGCCGCGUUCGUUCCCUUCCCGGCGCCGCCAAGGGUCCGCCACCGCACCUCCUGCUGGCGUGCCGCUCGGUGGCUCUCCGCUGGAGCACCCGCCGUCCGUCCGUGUCUCGGCUGCCGUCCAGAGUUUCCUGCUCCCGCUGACCCCGCGCGGGGCUAGCCGGCGCCACCCACACCUGUGGAUCGGCAGUCGUCGCGGGUGUCGGCCGAGCAGCGCGCGAGGCGCAUCCCUCUCAGCCCGGGUCCACGGGCAGCAUGGGGCUCCCGGCGCUCGAGUUCAGCGACUGCUGCCUCGACAGCCCGCACUUCCGAGAGACGCUCAAGUCACACGAAGCGGAGCUGGACAAGACCAACAAAUUCAUCAAGGAUCUCAUCAAGGACGGGAAGUCGCUCAUCAGCGCGCUCAAGAAUUUGUCUUCAGCAAAGCGGAAGUUCGCAGAUUCCUUAAAUGAAUUUAAAUUUCAGUGUAUAGGAGAUGCGGAAACAGAUGAUGAGAUGUGUAUAGCGAGAUCCUUGCAAGAAUUUGCCAGUGUUCUCAGGAAUCUUGAAGAUGAGCGGAGUCGCAUGAUUGAGAAUGCCAGCGACGUGCUUAUCACACCCUUGGAGAAGUUUCGGAAGGAACAGAUCGGGGCCGCCAGGGAAGCCAAAAAGAAGUAUGACAAAGAGACAGAGAAGUAUUGUGGCAUCUUAGAAAAGCAUUUGAAUUUGUCUUCCAAAAAGAAGGAAUCCCAGUUGCAGGAGGCAGACAGCCAAGUGGACCUGGUUCGGCAGCACUUUUAUGAAGUGUCCCUGGAGUAUGUCUUUAAGGUUCAAGAAGUCCAAGAGAGAAAGAUGUUUGAGUUUGUGGAGCCUCUACUGGCCUUCCUGCAAGGACUCUUCACUUUCUAUCACCAUGGUUACGAGCUGGCCAAGGAUUUUGGUGACUUUAAGACACAGUUGACCAUCAGCAUACAAAAUACAAGAAACCGCUUUGAAGGAACCAGGUCUGAAGUGGAAUCUCUGAUGAAGAAGAUGAAGGAAAACCCCCUUGAUCACAAGACCAUCAGCCCCUACACCAUGGAAGGGUACCUCUACGUGCAGGAGAAACGUCACUUUGGAACUUCUUGGGUGAAGCACUACUGCACAUACCAGCGGGAUUCCAAACAAAUCACCAUGGUUCCAUUUGACCAAAAGUCAGGAGGAAAGGGGGGAGAAGAUGAGUCUGUCACCCUCAAAUCCUGCACGCGGCGGAAGACGGACUCCAUCGAGAAGAGAUUCUGCUUUGAUGUGGAAGCAGUAGACAGGCCAGGGGUUAUCACCAUGCAGGCGUUGUCAGAGGAGGACCGUAGGCUCUGGAUGGAAGCCAUGGAUGGCCGGGAACCUGUCUACAACUCAAACAAAGACAGCCAGAGUGAAGGGAUGGCACAGUUGGACAGCAUCGGCUUCAGCAUAAUAAAGAAAUGCAUCCAUGCAGUGGAAACCAGAGGGAUCAAUGAACAAGGACUCUACCGAAUCGUGGGGGUCAACUCCAGAGUGCAGAAGCUGCUGAGUGUCUUGAUGGACCCCAAAGCGGCUUCUGAGACGGAAACUGAUAUCUGUGCCGAGUGGGAGAUAAAGACGGUCACUAGUGCUCUGAAGACCUACCUGAGAAUGCUUCCAGGACCACUCAUGAUGUACCAGUUUCAAAGAAGUUUCAUCAAAGCAGCAAAGCUUGAAAACCAGGAAACUCGAGUCUCUGAGAUCCAUAGCCUUGUUCAUCGGCUCCCGGAGAAGAAUCGGCAGAUGUUGCAGCUGCUCAUGAACCACCUGGCAAAUGUUGCUAGCAACCACAAGCAGAAUUUGAUGACUGUGGCAAACCUUGGGGUGGUGUUUGGACCCACCUUGCUGCGACCUCAGGAAGAAACAGUGGCAGCCAUCAUGGACAUCAAGUUUCAGAACAUCGUCAUCGAAAUCUUGAUAGAGAACCAUGAAAAGAUAUUCAACACCGUGCCUGAUGUGCCCCUCACAAACGCCCAGCUACACCUGUCCCGAAAGAAAAGCAGCGACUCCAAGCCUCCAUCGUGCAGUGAGAGGCCCCUGACGCUCUUCCAUGCUGUGCCAUCCACAGAAAAACAGGAGCAGAGGAACAGCAUCAUCAACUCCAGUUUGGAGUCAGUCUCCUCGAGUGCAAACAGCAUCCUUAAUUCCAGCAGCAGCCUGCAGCCCAAUAUGAAUUCUAGUGACCCAAGCCUGGAUGUGGUCAAGCCUACUCGGCCCAGUUCACUCCCCCCGAAUCCAAGCCCAACUUCACCCCUGUCGCCGUCAUGGCCCAUGUUCUCGGCGCCAUCCAGCCCUAUGCCCACCUCAUCCACGUCCAGCGACUCAUCCCCCAUCAGCACACCAUUCCGGAAGGCGAAGGCCUUGUACGCCUGCAAAGCUGAACAUGACUCUGAGCUCUCAUUCACAGCAGGCACCAUCUUCGACAAUGUUCAUCCAUCUCAGGAGCCUGGCUGGUUGGAGGGGACUCUGAAUGGAAAGACUGGCCUCAUCCCGGAGAACUACGUGGAGUUCCUCUAACCUGGAGCCCCAGCGGAGCUGCUCACCUUUAUGUGGUCUCCAUGACAACUGCUGAUUCUGGUGUGGUGGACCACUUUUCAUUGCCACUGAGAAAGCUGGGGGCCUGACUGCUGCUCCCUGCCAACACGAAUGUACCUGGGAACUUGUGUCACCUUUCUCCAUGAUCAUCUCAGCUGACAGCACGGUGGUGCUGCAAGAAUUGAAAGUCAAUCAGCAGGGAAGGCCAUUGGAUUUUGAUAACCCAGAGGAAGGCUUGCAAAGCUGUUCUCUCAUGAGUGCCCUAGAUAGAGAGCCCUGCUUUCAUGUCAACAGUCACCCCCAGGCUUCUGGGGAGAGGAAGCAGCAUGAGAGCAGUCCUCAGUUGGACAAGGCUGGGCAAAGAACCCGGCGCAAGAUGCAAGCUGCCUCUGUUGCUGUUGCUUACAGCAGACAUUCUUGUUCUCUCCUUCUUUCUCCCAGAGACACGGUGCUGAAAGCAGCUGGGCCUGUCUGUAAGCACACAGGAUGAAGGGGUUGCCGCACUGUUUAUAUAAGGUCCAAUCCCUCACCAUCUCUUGAGCAGCUGUUGGCCUAUAAUCAGCAGAAUUCAGUGCAGUCCUCUCACGCAAAGAAGCACACGCCCCUCACGUUCGCUGCCACUGAAGGCUUCCAUCACUGCCAUCACCUAGUAACCAUAGCAACCCAACCUACUCUAAGACGAAGCCAAAAAUAAUACUCCUCUUUGUUUGACACUCCUCCCUUUCCCAUGGUCUUCCAACGAUCUGAAGCAAAGGAUUAGACCAUUAGGGGCAGACAGGAUAGCAACAGGGGACUGUUCCUUCUCUGGUAAAUGUCAGCAUCCUCAGAAUACACCUGCAGCAAACUCUGGGGACCUGUUGAUACUGAAUCCUAUACUCGA